AUGAAUUCUCUCGAAGCGGAAUACUCAUUUCUUGCGCCAACUUGGAAACUACCUACGGUAGCAACGACGUCCCUUUAUCCGAAUGGUUAUGAUGGAUCGUAUUCACCACCAGGAUCAAGAAUAAAUAAUUCUGAUGCGUUCACUUGGAAUAAUACAGCACACAAUUCCCGAUAUAUUCCUCCAAGUCCAAAUCGUGGAAAUCAUCCUCCGACUCUAAAUCAGCAGCCAGUAAAACGUUCUCUACCACCCGGUCCAUCACACCCUCAAACGCAUCAACAUUCAAAAGAUCAAUAUCAAAAUAAUGAAAAUUCCUAUGGUAAUAUUGAUUUCUCGAUAAAUAAUGCUUCUCAAGAUGAAUAUCAUAUCCCAUUACAACAACAUCGCCAUAAUGGUUAUUUAAAUCAGCACAAUGAAAAUCGAGCUGUUAACUAUCCUCCACCACCGCCGCCUCCUCCGCCACCAAUACAAAAACGUGUACAAAUUAUUGAUCAUAACCGUCACACACCAUCGACAGAUUAUAUGUCCGGUAGAGAAAGUCAUGAUUCUUCGCCGCAUGAAAAUCGUUCACCAGAAUCAAAUCAAUAUCAAUCGAAAUUGAAAACACAUCGUAAUCAAGUCGAUGACAAUAAAUCUGAUACAACAACUUCCAAUAUGCCUCGUUCAAAUCAUUUUAAAAUUCAUGAAUAUCUUUAUGGUCUAGCAGCGCCCGAUCCCGGCAGUUAUGUCAGUGCGUAUAAAAAUCAUCGACGCCGUUUACAAGAUGAAAAAGUCAAACAUAAAGCAGUUAUGACACAGUACAAAACUUUUGUACAAAAUGGCGGCUUUGGUCCGGCAUUCGGAAGCGAUGAUUAUCGAACAUACGAAGAAAAACUUGAAACAGAACAAAAGAGAAAAAUGUAUUCAAAAGUUGUCAAUCAAGUAAAUCAAUAUAAAAUUGAAGAGCAAAGACGUGCUCAAAACAACGGCGGACAACAUAGAUCUCCCGGAUAUGCUGCACCAAAACAACGAUCCGUCAAAUAUACUGACGCGACGCGAUCUCAUUUUCUGUCUUCCGAAGAGGUGAGAGAUUUCGAAAGAAAAAUCAAACGCGAACAUGCUGCCAAUUGUAAAUGUUCUUUACAUGCAAAACACAAUCAAUUAUCUACUUAA